GGUGACUACACUGUAUGCACGUGUAUUGCAUUUGAAGCAAGUUGUGAUAUUUGAAAUAAAAUGCAGGAGGAAAAUUAUUUUAAGGAUUAUGAAAAUCUUGAAGUGCAUGAAAUAAUGCUGCGGGAUCGACCGCGCCAGGAGGCUUAUAAAAAUGCAAUUAUGGCAAAUGCUUCACUUUUCAAAGAUAAAAUUGUGCUAGAUGUUGGAGCAGGUACUGGAAUACUAUCAGCAUUUUGUGCAAAAGCUGGAGCUAAAUUAGUGUAUGCUGUAGAAGCUUCAAAUUUGGCUAAAAUUGCAUUAAAAGUUAUGGAAGAUAAUAGCAUUACAUCAAUAGUGAAGGUUAUACACUCGAAGAUUGAAGAAUUUAUUUUACCAUCAUCUGCAGAAAAAGUCGACAUUAUUGUUUCCGAAUGGAUGGGUUUCUACUUGUUACACGAGGGAAUGCUUGAUUCCGUAUUAUAUGCCAGAGACAAUUUUCUGAAAUCAGAUGGUUUAAUGUUUCCUAGUGAAGCUACAAUUUAUGUAACGCCUUGUGAAGUGCCGAGACUCUUUGACGAUUGGGAAGAGAUUGAUGGAGUACGGUUAACAACAUUUGGAGCUAUGUUAAGGCAACAGAAAUCGUGUAAACCUGAAAUUGCAGUAAUUUCUCCAGAGGAUUUACUACACAAAGGUGUAGCAAUGCACUGGAUGAAUUUAAUGGACGUAACUCGUAAUGAUCUUGAUAGUAUUGUUUUUCAAGAUGUUAUUCCCGUUAAUAAGUCUGGGAAACAUCAAGGUUUUUGCAUAUGGUUUGAUUGUAGAUUUCCUGCUGAAUCUUAUGAAGACUCAAUUGUCUUAUCUACUAGUCCAAGAUCUCCCGCCACCCAUUGGAAACAAUGUGUUGUCGUCCUACCUGAAACAGCAUGUGAAGAUUUGGAAGAAAAUGCGCCAAUAUCAUUUAAAAUAUCCAUGAAACGCAAUAGUGAAAAUAAUCGUAAAUACGAUUUAGAAGUUGAACUUAUAGAUCCGAAUGAGGUAGAGCAUCCAGUGCCCUGUGAAUGCCAUUUAACCAAAUGUAUACUUAUAAAAGCUCAUUUAGAAACAAUGGACACGUCAUAAAUAAAUGUUAAAGUUUUAUAAAAAAAAAUAGAA